AUGGCUCCCUCUGUAGAACCAGUGGAUGCCGGUCAGCGGGAGACACUGCCGCCCCUCAUGAGCGUUGACAGCCGAGAAGGCCUGGUCCAAAUCAGAAAAAGAGACUUGGAGAGAUUGACUACAGAGGUCAUGCAGCUCCGAGAGUUCUUACCCAAAGUAGUGAAUGGAGACCUGAUUGAGAUGCUGCAGAAAGCCCGUGCUGCAGAGACAAUGAAGGAGCGCCUUGGUCAGGAGCAGGAGCAACUAGACAGGAAGUGCCUGCACCUUCGCUCUCGCCUGGACGCAGCGCAGAGCGAGUGUCAGAAAGAGAGAGAGGAGAAGCUGGUUCUGAGGGAGCAGCUGGAGAGUCGGGAGCAGCUGCAGCAGCAGGCUGAGUUCUGUACUGGGCUGGGGGCUGCCUCCUGCAUGCUGUGGAGCACCUCCAGUAAGGAGGAGGCAGUCAAAGACAUCCUGGCCGAUGGUAAACUGCAGUCCUUCCUGAGUGUGGCGGGCCAGACCCUGGAGAGCUUUGUCAAGUCUCUGGAUGGGGAGGCCAAGGCCGAGCAGCAAGACUCCAAUUCCCAUGAGCACCAGUUUGUUCUGGCGCUGGCCGGAGUCGUCACCAACGUGGCGGCGGUGACGUGUGGGCGGGACUACCUGUCCAGCUCCGCCCACGUCCUCCUGGAGACUCUGAUGCAGCUGCUGGAGCUCCUGAAGCCUGGGGUCUUCCCCAAACUCAAAGUGUUGAUGCUGAUGGCUCUGUAUAAUGUCAGUAUCAGUGUAAAGGGACUGAAGUAUAUCAGGGAGUUUCCAGGACUUCUCACUCUCAUCUGGACCCUUUUGGAAGACGGGGACUCUGAGGUAUGCCUCCACGCCCUGCGGCUGCUCCAGUCAGUGCUGCUGGAGGAGGCGGUGUCCCUGGUGGGGCCCGGGCUGCUGCUGGACGACCCCCUUCUCCCGCUGGAGCGCAUACGCAUGCUGGCCACCUCCAGCCGCCACCCGGCCCUGAGGCAGACGGCCCAGGAGACACUGGAUGACCUGGGCUCCCUCCGCGCCUCCUUCCUGGACCCCCACYGCACCUCCUCCUCUGACCAAGUACAUGUAUAAAUACAUCCAACCCAAAGUUAAACACACAGCACUAGCGACACAUCCCACUCACGUGAWGAUGAUAAUGCUUUCCUACUGUAGAGUAAACGUUUCUCUGAUUAGAGAGAGCUCUACUGAGGAGAGCUCCCAUGGUGCACUGUGGAAGAGGUUGGUUCCAUCGUGUCCCUUUCUUGCUUUUCCUCCGGGUCCAGGGACUUAGUCAGGUUGGUUCCUAUCCCACCACAGCAGAAGUUCCGGACCAGUAGAACCCCGUAACUGUACAUAAGGGCUCCAUAACACAUUCAUAACCCAUACAUAGAACAUACAUUAGAACUACAAAAUUGUGUAUGUCAACAAAAUCAACAAAUAGCUCAAAUGAAAACUUGUUGACAUAGUCCAAAGCAAGGAUGACUUUUACUUGCCAUAUGUUAAAGAGAAGCAUUCUGUUUGUUUAAAAUAUUUAUCUACUGUUGUCAGGUGAGUUGGAUCUGUUUCUACCUGUUAGCCUGUUGACCUAAUACCAGCUAAUACCAUAUCAGCCUCAUGGCCUUAUUUCAUUAGGUCAAAUACCUUGAGGUCAAGUAACAAUGGAGGAUAGGUUA